AUGAGCUAUCGAAUGAAUGGUGAAGAUGCGCGCAGAGAUUUAAAAAGGAAGCUCCCUCAGAUGGAUCGAGGGCAAGAGCGGAGAUCUUAUAAUAUGAAUUCUACACCUUAUGAUAGGAAUGCACUUCCUCCUGGUUGGUUAGACUGCCCACCACAUGGGCAAGAACUAGGUUGCAUAAUUCCUUCAAAGGUUCCACUUGGUGAAUCCUUCAAUGAUUACAUUCCGAAUAAAAAAUAUACCCCCAAGCAAGCAAUUCUUCAACAGAGAGCUUUAGGUAGAGAACUUGGUUUAGUGAUUGAUCUGACAAAUACUACUCGUUACUAUCCAUUAUCAGAUUGGAGAAAAGAAGGGAUUGACCAUGUCAAGAUAAGAUGCGAAGGAAGAGAUUCUGUACCUGAUGAUGAAUCUGUACAAAAGUUUUGCAAUGAGGUUUUGGAUUUUUGCUCCCGAAGACCAAACACAAAGAAAUAUAUACUUGUACACUGCACUCAUGGGCAUAAUCGUACAGGCUAUAUGAUUGUUCAUUUUCUUGUGCGUACAGAAUCACUAUCUGUCACUGAGGCAAUAAAUAAAUUUGCGCAGGCACGCCCCCCAGGAAUUUACAAACAGGAUUACAUUGAUACCCUGUACAUGUUUUUUAAUGAAAAGAAGCCUGAAAGUCUUGUUUGUCCACCAACACCAGAAUGGAAGAGCCUCCCUGAUUCUGACGUUCAUGAUGUGUCUGUCUCAGCUACAGACAAUCAUGCAUACAUUUUGCAGCAGGAGAAUAUCGUGAGGAAUGGAGUAAUGACAAAUGAUGAUGUUUUGGGAGAUCCCAUUCCUUCAAACCAGCUACGUACAAUGCAAGAACUUUGUUAUCAACUGCUCAAGUUGGGCAAAGGGGGAAGAGGAGUUUUGUACUUUCCCGGAUCCCACCCUGUUUCUCUCAACAGGGAGAAUUUACAACUCUUAAGACAACGAUAUUACUAUGCCACAUGGAAAGCUGAUGGGACACGAUAUAUGAUGCUAAUCACCGGGGAUGGAUGUUAUCUGAUCGACAGAAAAUUUCAUUUCCAAAGGAUCUCUAUGCGGUUUCCUUGCAAAUACUCAAAUGGGGGUACACCCGAGAGGAAUCACCACUACACAUUACUUGAUGGGGAAAUGAUUAUUGACACGGAUCCACAUACUCAUAAGCAAGAAAGAAGAUACCUCAUUUAUGAUUUGAUAGCAAUCAAUCAAGUCUCUCUGACAGAGAUGCCAUUUUAUGAAAGGUGGAAAUUGCUGGAGAAAGAAGUAAUUGAACCCCGUAACAUGGAGCGAGAAGCCCUUUCCAAGAGUAUAAGUCCUUAUUAUAGAUACGACUUGGAACCAUUUGGUGUGAGGAGGAAGGGUUUUUGGUUACUAUCUACUGUGUCAAAGCUCCUUCAUAAAUUCAUUCCACAACUCUCACACUCAUCAGAUGGUCUUGUAUUCCAGGGUUGGGAUGAUCCAUAUGUCCCUCGCACGCAUGAAGGUCUUCUGAAGUGGAAAUACCCUGAAAUGAACUCUGUUGAUUUCCAAUUUGAGGUGGGAGCUGAUGGUCGACCCCUGCUUUUUCUGUUUGAACGUGGAAAGAAGAAGUUAAUGGAAGGGAAUACUGUUAUUUUUAAAGAUUCGGAAGAUAUUUCUUCCUAUUCAGGGAGGAUAAUUGAGUGCUACUGGGAUGCUGCAGAGCAUCACUGGGUCUGUAUGCGGAUCAGAGCUGAUAAAGCAACUCCAAAUGAGAUCAAUACUUAUAGAAAGGUAAUGCGAAGCAUAAAGGAUAAUAUCACAGAAGAAGUCGUGUUGAAGGAGAUUAAUGAGAUCAUUCGACUACCCUUGUAUUCAGACAGAAUACAGAGGGAUAUCAAGGCUCACCAGCAUAUGGUCUCUUCGCGGCGCAAGUGA